UGUUGAUCGAUUACGGACAAUAGAGUUUGUUAUCAAAUGUGGGUUAUGGCGUAUCAUUGAUAAUAUCUUGUACAACAACACACAGUCGGCGAUAAACUCUUCUGUCUUAUCCAUUUCACGGGACCAGAUAGCAGGCCGGACUAUUUUAGAACUGCGAUCGGUACGCUGAGUUCGGAUUCUAUAUCCGCACAUUGCGUUUAAACAGCAACCGAGAGCGCAGGAGACAUCCCAGUGUAUUCAACGUUUAGCGUGCCGGUGUUUGGGAGACAUUACGUAAGUGAAGACUAUUUACUAUUUAGAGUGUGGAUCACUUAUUGUGAUCAUUUACGACACUUAAACAACUUUUAUAUAUAUAUAUAUAUAUAUAUAUAUAUUAAAAAUAAGACGUUCAACACUUAAUCCAUCAUUUAGAUCUAGUAGUGUUCAUUCUGAGACAAAAUAAUAGUUUUUUUAAUAGGAAUGUUCAGGGGGGGAGGUGAGGGUAUGAAACAACCAAUUAAAAUGCCUAUGCUGAUAACGGACGAACUAUUUAUCAAACUGAAUUGAAGUGAACUAUUCAAAUACAACAUUCGUCACAAGAGACAGUCAACUCGCGUAACGUAUAAGCGUAAGAUUAUGUAAGAAUUCAAGUUCGAUUGCUGUUGUUUGUUAAAUUUUAAAUUUUGGUCAAUGUUGGCGGAUAAAGCAAAUGUUGCAUCUUCUGUAAUAAUUCGAAUGUCUGUGAGAAAAGCGAGGGAAUGUACAAAAAAAAGAGAUUAAUUGGGAACAAGAGUCACUAAAUCCUAAAUUUCAAAACCUAACGCCGUCUUCGAUUUUGGCUGUGCACUUAAUUUAAGGUUGAUGAAUACGAUAACUAGACAGUGCCAGAUCGGCCUGCUAUCGCCGCAAGUUUGAUCAAAAUUGUGAGCACCUUGAAAAUAUGUUUGAUAAUUUUCAAGUCCAUAACGUGAUAUCGAGCAAAGCCCAUACAACCCCAAGGAGUCUUCAUGGCCCAAAUGUGCACUCAAACAAGUGCGGUUGAGUUUUUUUCUCUUUCAUUUCUUAAAUAUUUACUUAUCAUCAUGUCAGUGGCUAAACUACAAACUCUACCCCGGUGGGGGUUGGGUUGGUUUUUUUUCAUUCGCCGCCCCCUUCAGGUCGAUAAACACAUCCCCCACCCACAACCCCAUGUCUUAAACCCCUUAAAAUAAUUGUAAAAUUAAAGGGUUUUUUUAAAAAACAUUUCACAAAUAGAAUUUUAUUAGUUUGAUCCCACGUUACCACGUACAUAAUUAUUAUUUUUUUUUUUUAAAGGGAUGAUUAUAAAUCAUGAAUUUUAUAGCUCUUAUAUUGAACUCGGGUAAAAAAAAAUAAAAAAAAAGAAGGUUGAAAUAUUUUUGUGUGUAAGGGGCCGGGGGGGGAGGGGUGGCUAUUAUAUUAAUGAAUAAAGAGUCACGGGUAUGAUGUAGGUCUGUCCGUAGGAAUGCCUGUAAACCUAGUGUUUAAGGCCAGAAUGUAGGGUGUAGGACUGUCUGCAGGCGUAUUAGUAUAGAUGGUGACUGGGUGGCCAAAUGGUCUAAACUGAGCAAACCUCAAGUUGGUGGUGUUCAAGUCCAGCCAAAGACCAGUCAAGCAAAAACAUCACCCCGGGUGGAUGAGACUCGUUAACCUUGGUCGGCAACUCAUCUAAGAGUAGGAAACUCUGAAUUCAAAACCGGAGUCGGAGUCCCGUAAGGCGCAAACAAUGAUAAUUCCUGCAACCGAACCCAUCCCUGGUCGUCUUGACGUAGAGUCUUGCCACUGGAUAUUGGUGGGCUCGGACGAGAGAGUGAGGUAGACGCCGCGCAACUCUUCUUCACUUUAAACAAAGUCAUCCGCGCAAGUCAUCAGUCACCAGAUGGUCCUCGUCGAUCCUCGACGGACGAACAAUAAUAAUAAUUAGUAUAGAGUAUAUGUUUAAAGGCCGGCGUAUGGUAUAGAGAGCUUGGACACUUGAGAGCCACCAAUACUCCAAAUUCAAAUUUUAAAUUUGGAUUUACAUGCUUGUUGCACACAGGGGUUACAUUAUUGUGACAACAAAAUUGUGAAACUAAUGAAUAUGAAAUUGAACAGUCUUAUAAAAAUGAUACAGGGUGUAUGAAGCUCAUAGAAGUCUCAUCUAGAGUCUGAGAAAUAGGAAACAUUUACCAAGCGUAAACCAGAGAUAUAUAGAUAUUAAUUAUAUAUAGUUAGUAGUAGUAGUAGUAGUCUUACAUAGCGCGCUACCCCAGCCUAGAGCUGUAUUAUAUUGUAUAUAAAAAUAUUAUCAAACAUAAUCCUGACAUAAAAAGUAGCAUACAUUUAUUUAGUAAAUAACAGCUGUGUAUAAGAAGAAAACUAAAAAGAAAUGUAUGUUCACCAUACAUAACCACCAGCCAAGACUUUUCUACUUCUAAAUAGAAGCAGUUUAAAAAAAAUGUUUUUUAAAUUAAACUUUUUCCCCCUCUUAUUAUUUUCCUUCCGACCCGCCCCUCUUUUCUCCAGGUAGAGCCGCGUCGUUCAUGACAACUUCCGCCAUGUCUUUGUCCGGUGCCCAGAGGGCGUGCCUCGGCGUCCUGACCAUCGGCUACCUUGUGGCAUUAGCCGGAUUCAUUGCACCAUUUUGGAGCGUCAUAGACAUGCACAUACCUGUAAGCUUGAUGAAUACGGGGUUCAGAUGAGGGUAUGCCAUCUACGGGGUAUGAUGAGGGUAUACGGUCUGUGGGGUGUGGUGAGGGUCUUCCAUCUAUGGGGUAUGAUGAGGGUAUACGGUCUGUGGGGUGUGGUGAGGGUCUUCCAUCUAUGGGGUAUGAUGAGGGUAUACGGUCUGUGGGGUGUGGUGAGGGUCUUCCAUCUACGGGGUAUGAUGAGGGUAUACGGUCUGUGGGGUGUGGGAAGGGUCUUCCAUUUAUUGGGUAUGAUGAGGGUACACCAUGAAUGGGAUAUGAUUAGAGUAUAUCACCUAUAGGGUAUAAUGAGGGUAUGACCAAUGCAUUCAUUCAGGUGGCCGCAACAAAGUACGUGAGGAAGAGGCAGGAUGUGUUGCAACUUAUUUCUGGUCCGUUGAGCCAGGUCAGGAUCCUAAAGUAGUUCCUUUUCUGAAUCGAAUACUUACCAGGUUCCUAAACAGCAAACCUCUCGAGGCUUAAAUCUCAUCUUUAGAUUCAUGUAAUUUGAUAAAAACUGAAGGGUUGGGGAUUGCAUGGGAGAGGGGUGGCUGAAAGUAUGAACGCACCUGGGAAGUGUGCGCGAAUGUGAGGGGAAAAGGGGGUGGGGGGGGGACUCUAGUAAGGGCGGAAGAUAAUGUGAUCGGAGUGGGGGAGGGGGAGAUUGCAUCAAGGAUAUCUUAAAAGGGAGUCCUAAUCGACGCCAACACUCAAGUAUGUAGGCCAUUAAGUCAGCUUUUUUUUUUUUAAUUUGAUGGUCUUUGGUAACUUCUCCUUCAUCUCAGUCAAAAGGGCUUGUAAUCAGCAUGCGCUUUUUUUCCUCACCAAAUCUUAAUAUCUUCACCUAGAUUGCGAGCCUGUCUGUCGAGCGCGGUCUGAUCUUCGGCUGCGGCCAAAGUUCCUUGACGACAGACUACAAAUGCGAAGUCGUCUCUUGGACCACAACAGAAACCGGAUUCUGUGCGGCUCGCAUCCUGGCGGCCGUGUCGACUCUCUUCAUCUUGAUCAGCGUCGGCAGCGUCAUCAGCGCCUGUAACUCGAGGAGCCCUUCCGUCAUCCCCGUGGGCGUCCUGUCCCUGCUGGCCGGACUAGCCGGUGUCGGCGCUGUCAUCUCCUACGGGGUGUGGACCAAAAAUGACGAUUUCGACGUUGGGGUAGCCAGCGGCGAACAUGGGUGGGCUUUCUACCUGACCGCGGUGGCCUGUGGGGGGUUGGUGCUGAUGAGCGUGGGGACCAUGUGCGUGCCGAAGGGCAGCGAAUUCAUCCACUCGACCAUGUCUGGCAUUCCCAACCAGUCGUACGCGCUGGACACGCCUUAUAAAUCCUCACAGAACACACAGCAUCGAUACUAAACAGUUUAUUGUAGGUUUUAUAUGAGUGAUAGUACCACAAACGUAUGUGUUUACAUGUCACAACUGUUUGUCUUUGUUAGUUUUUUUUGCAUAAUAUGGAACAUACCAGUAGUCAGUGGAGGAUCGGGGGCCCGGGGCAGCAGUAGGGGGCACCCAUGUGGGUUUGUGCCUAGGGCACCCAUGUGGGUUUGCGCCUAGGGCACCAAGAUGGCUUAAUCCGGCCCUGACUAAACUAAACAAUUUAACAUUGACUGGACACUUAGCUUGGGGGGGGGGGGCUGUUUACAUUGCAUUUUAAUUUAACAUGGUGACCCUUGUUGGCGGUGACGUCCCUAGCUUAUGUGACUUAACAUCUGGCGCCCCUUACCCCCAAAAUUGUAAAUCAUAAAAACAUUAAAGUUUACCUGAUACUUUGUCCAUCCCUGCUGUGGUGGGGGGGGGGGGGGCUCAUUGUUUCUAUUCUAGUCAAGAACACGGGCAUUCCCUUUAAAAAAAGUAAACGACACAUGGAACAGAGCGUUCUGGUCAAGUGAGGGAGAGAGAGAGCAAAAUGUCUAAACUUACUAGACUAUACGCCACUAGUUGAUUAUUUAAUCUUUGAGGCAGAUUUUAUGGAUCAUCAAUGGAGAUGAUUAGGAGUGCAAGGGUUGGAGAGUUUGGAAACGUAUUUUAAAAUAAAAAUCAGCUGCUAGUGCUUUUUUUUUUUUUAAAACAUAUUUAAUCCUUUAUAUUAACUUCGAUUUUGUUCGUGUGUUUCUGGCUGGCCAAUUGACCCACUUCCCGUCAAUCAAUCGAACUGAAACUUGGCACAUAGACAUCGUUGCCGAUGACAACGCAUUCUUACUAAAUUUCAGUCCCACUCCCCACUGCUCGCUACGACAUUUAACAAAGGAUUUACAUGAAAAACUUGUUCUUUUUUUCCAGGGGUUGUUUAACUCUUACAUAAGUCAAUACUCUAUUUAGGUACGUGUUUAAUUCUGUUCCAAUUGAAAAAUCAUCAAUACAUUUUACAUCAAUUACUUCUGUGUGGUUGGGUUGUUUUUAAUUUCUUGGAUGUACUUUGUACUGUAUAUGGAUAGACACAUUACCUUGUUGUAAUACGAAGUCUACAACGCUAGAAGUCGUCCUAUAAAUAUAUCUUGUUCCCAUUGAAGAAUGAUAAGAGUUUUGAUAUUCGAUUGUGAACGAGA